AUGAGUUGUGAGUGGUUGGAGAGCGUCAAGCGUGGGACACGGAGCGGCGUGCUGCGGCUGGAGCGCCUCAAAUCCGGAAUUAGGAUAGAAAUAGGAGCUAUUGUUCUGGUUAAGGUAGAAAUUGAGUACAUUGUAGAGGUGCCGGCACGAGACAACGUAGUUGUUUCAAAGGUUUAUUUGACAAUGACAAUGGAAGUCAAAGGAAAUAAAACUUUUGAAGUUAGAGAGGUGUAUCCUGAAACAUCAUACCACUUCAGAUACCUGAUGCUUUGUGAGUACCGACUUGGAAACGAAAAUCUGAAAGCUCAAAUUGCAGGCUGUUGUUUGCUCAGAGAUUGGACAAGAUGCCAAAUCAAAAGCAAAGGAAAUCCAGAAAACGAAGUAGAAGAGAACCUUCCUCGUCUUCAACAACCAGUAGUUCUUCCGGCAGUUCUAGCAAUAGUAAUGGGCAUAAACAUAAGAGAUCCAGGUGUAAGUCAAGGGAAACCGGGGAACAAAGUCUAUAAGUUAACACCUUAUGGGAGAAGAUGGGUAGUCCCAAAGAAGUGUAGAUGGCAAAUCGUCAAAGCAAACCAUGACGAUAUAGGUCAUUUUGCGGUUGAUAAAACGUUAGAGAAAAUUAAGCAACGGUAUUGGUUUCCCAGAAUGAGGCAUUUCAUAACAAAAUACAUAAAUGCAUGUUUACCUUGUUUAUAUCAUAAAGAUAAAGGGGGCAAAAGACCCGGGUACCUUCACUCCAUCCCAAAGUAUGCUAGACCACACCACACACUACAUAUAGAUCAUUUAGGACCUUUUGUGAACACAAAACAGGGAAACAAGUAUUUAAUAGUUGUUGUUGAUGGCUUUUCGAAAUUUGUGUAUUUAAAAGCAGUUCCUGAUACAUCUGCAAAAUACGUAAUUCAAAUGUUAACUGAAAUGUUCGCGAUGCUCGGUAACCCAAGACGACUCAUCACGGAUCUUGGAUCUGCGUUUACUUCAAAGGCCUUCGAGGAAUUUGUUGCUGCAAGAGGGAUACGGUUAUUUACAACAGCUGUUGGUCUCCCAAGAGGCAAUGGUCAAUGUGAGCGGACGAACAGAAGAGUUCUAGACGCUUUAGCAACAUCUGGUUCGCAAACAAGUGAAGACAAUUGGGAUACUAAUCUUUCACAUAUACAACAAGGACUGAAUAGUACUAGACACCGUAUUACACAAAACACGCCCGCAGAAGUAAUGUUUGGUUUCCAACUACGGACUGAUAGUGACAAAUACCCUGAUGACGAUAUAGAAACAACUCUAGAUGUUACAAAAAUCCGAAAAGAGACAGCCAAACGUCUGGAACACAAUAGAAUCGAACAAGAUUUAAAAUUUAACACUAAACGUUCUCUACCUAGGUUGUACCAGGUGGGAGAUGUGGUAUUAACUAAAGUAACCAGCUUUUCAGCGAAUGAAGACAGUAAAAAGUUACGUCCUAAGUUUAGAGGACCAUUCAAGAUAGUUGAGGUUCUACCCAAUGACAGGUAUAGAGUGCAAGAAGAUCGUUUCACACAGAGGUCAAGGCGACCAUAUCAAGCUGUGGUAGACGUUCGGGACGAACGUGACGUCAGGAUGGCCGUGCAGUCCAACUCUAUGUCUGUCGCUGCUGACCGGCAGAUCGACGGUGGCUGGGGGAAGAUGACAGGACGCCAAGUGGCCAAUGCUCUCAACCGAUUCAACGCAGCGCAAUAAGACGUUAUAUUUGUUUGUUACUUAAGAUUGUUGGAAUAUAUAUUUAUUACUGCAAGUAGUAUUGAUCGACUAGCGG